AAGAAAAAUCAGGUAAGCGCUGCUUGGGUUGGGCAGUGUCAAGCUGAAGCACGAGACAGAGGAAAGAAAGAAAGGAGAAGCUAGCUGAGGAGCGACGAAAGUAUGAGCGGUCGCACACCGUAGACGGAAACUUCACUCAUCGACCGAAUUUGAAGAAAUUAAACUCAAUCACAAGUCACAACAAACGCAAUUUCUCGCCGCCAAACACCUUUGUUUCCGAUCUAUUCUGUUAACAUGCCUUCCCGAAGAAGAACUCUCUUGAAGGUCAUCAUUCUCGGCGACAGCGGGGUGGGUAAGACAUCUUUGAUGAACCAAUAUGUUAAUAAGAAGUUCAGUAAUCAGUACAAGGCUACCAUUGGAGCAGACUUUUUAACCAAAGAAGUGCAAUUUGAAGACAGGCUUUUCACCUUACAGAUUUGGGAUACAGCUGGCCAGGAAAGAUUCCAAAGUCUGGGAGUUGCUUUCUAUCGUGGUGCUGACUGCUGUGUUCUUGUGUAUGAUGUUAAUUCAAUGAAAUCUUUUGAAAACCUUAACAACUGGAGAGAUGAAUUUCUGAUUCAGGCAAGUCCUUCAGAUCCGGAGAAUUUUCCUUUCGUUGUUAUAGGAAACAAGAUUGAUAUUGAUGGUGGGAACAGUAGAGUGGUUUCAGAAAAGAAGGCUCGAGCUUGGUGUGCAUCUAAAGGAAAUAUUCCAUAUUUUGAGACAUCCGCCAAGGAAGGCGUUAAUGUUGAAGAAGCAUUCCAAUGCAUAGCAAAGGAUGCCCUGAAAAGCGGUGAAGAGGAAGAACUAUACCUGCCAGACACGAUUGAUGUUGGAAACAGCAGUCAACAGCGAUCAACAGGAUGCGAGUGUUAAAUAUGUCACUUUCCCUUUUACAUACAAAUAAACUCACUUAAAAAUGGCUUCUUCCUGUUUAGGCUUUGCUGUCUUUGAAACUUCGCUGUAGAUUAGUGUUUGCUCAAGAAACAAAUUGCCCCAAACCAUUUGUAGGGUGCUUGUUUGGUUUAUGUUCUUUUUUUCUUUUUAAAUCAGGUUAAGCUGUUGUACUUGUAUCGUAUUUCACUAGAUUUAGAUCCUCUAAAGUGAAAGAAACAGUGUAAAAUCCAUGAAUUUUCAGCGUUUUUACCCUUGCCAUGUUACUGGCGGUUAUUUAAAGGUAACGAUUUCAGGCACUCUACCA